CCGCCGCCCACGGGCUGUGAUCGCCCGGGGGCGGCGGUGCCCGAAGAUGGAGGAGCGCUGCAACAAGCUGCUGCUGGCGCUGGUGAUGCUCUUCCUCUUCGCCGUGAUCGUGCUGCAGUACGUGUGCCCGGGCAGCGAGUGCCAGCUGCUCCGCCUGCGCCCCUUCCGCGCCGCCGCCGCCGCGCCCGCGGACCCGUACGGCGCCGAGGACGAGAGCCCCGCGCGCUUCGCCGCCAAGUUCAACUUCUCGGAGGCCGAGCUGCUGCGGCGCGUGGACUUCAACAUCAAGGGCGACGACCUCAUCGUGUUCCUGGACAUCCAGAAGACGGGCGGCACCACCUUCGGCCGGCACCUGGUGCACAACAUCCAGCGACAGCCCUGCGAGUGCCGCGCCGGGCAGAAGAAGUGCACCUGCCUGCGGCCCGGCAAGCGGGAGACCUGGCUCUUCUCGCGCUUCUCCACCGGCUGGAGCUGCGGGCUGCACGCCGACUGGACCGAGCUCACCAACUGCGUGCCCGCCGUGGUGGACAGCAAGAAGGAGCUCCGCCUGCGCCCCAGCCGGAACUUUUACUACAUCACCAUCCUGCGGGACCCCGUGUCCCGAUACCUGAGCGAAUGGAGACACGUCCAGAGAGGAGCCACGUGGAAGGCGUCCCUGUACGUAUGUGAUGGAAGAUCCCCGACGACCGAAGAGUUGCCCAGUUGCUACACCGGGGACGACUGGUCCGGUUGUUCCCUGAAGGAAUUUAUGGAUUGCCCGUACAAUCUAGCCAACAAUCGGCAGGUCCGCAUGCUGUCUGACCUCAGCCUGGUUGGGUGUUACAACUUGUCCGUCAUGCCGGAGGAGCAGAGAAACAAGGUCCUGCUAGACAGUGCGAAGGAGAACCUGAAACGAAUGGCUUUCUUCGGCCUCACGGAGUUUCAGAGGAAGACUCAGUAUCUGUUUGAGAAAACUUUUAACAUGAAUUUCAUCUCGCCAUUCACACAGUACAAUAGCACAAGGGCCUUCAGCGUGGAGAUAGACGAGCAGACUCAGAAACGCAUCGAGGCCCUCAAUUUUUUAGACAUGGAGUUGUACGAUUAUGCAAAAGACCUUUUCUUGCAGCGGUAUCAGUACAUGAGACAGAAAGAGCACCAGGAAGCCAGGCGGAAGCGCCAGGAGCAACGCAAGAUCCUCAAGGCGAAGCAAGCGCACAACAAGGAACAGAGCGAUAAUACUUCCACUACUGAUUACAUAGGAAACGUAGAGCAUUGGCGGUAAUGGGGCCAAAACCUUUUUAGCAGACUAGGGGGAGACACCCCGCAGCAAUCCUAGGAGACAAAGUAGUCCAAACAAAUUAUGCUUUUUAACUAUUUGAAGCAAAAGAGGUUAAAAUGUUGCCUUUGCAGUUGCCUUUGCAUUCAAUGUUGUACUGUAUGUGGAAAACUUAAUCUUAAUGUGUCAUUCAAUUGUCCUUUUUAGGUUUGUCGGAUUAUUUAUGAAGUACAAAAGCCAAGCAGGCUCGCCGGAAACGGUUGCUUGGACGCUUAUACGGAAAACAAAAACACCCUUAAAUUAGUGACAACAGGAUAUUGGGAAAUGUGGAUGAUGCACUGUUCACGUCUGUCUUGGAAGCAAGCUGACUUCCUACUAUAAAGAGCAUUUAACGCAUACUUAGAAUAAACUAGAUGCGCCAAAUCUUCGCUCUUCUGGGUUUUGUUUUUUGUUCGGUUGGUUGGGGGGUUUUGUUUGGUUCGGUUGGUUUUUACUUUCGUGUCUUUUCGAAGGCCGCCAACUGCUUUGUGAUUGAUACUUGCCGACGUACGAGCCGACGAAGGGGACAGUCAAGGUCUAGAAGCUAGUUUUGUGUAUCAUAUUGGCUUUUAAAAAAGAUAGAAGGAAUUUGUCUAGCUAUAUAAAUAUUUAACAUUUUAAACUUUUUCUACCUACUGCUGUUUAAGAGUUUUAAGCUUCGUUUAUCUCCUGUUUAAAAAGCCACACUUUUCUCGGUUGAAUGCCAGUUGCUACAGACACUAUUUCCAGAUUUUUUCAGGGCAAUAUAUUCA